GAAUUUCUAGGUGAUCGCAUCGGCAGUGCUAAUGAAGCACCAAUGCGCACAAGCAGUCUCACUCGCUUUGCUUUGCGCCUCCAACGCGUUUGGCGCGUCUAUUCAGAAACCUGGGCUGACUCUGCCUUCUAGUGCUGCUGCGAACCGCGAUGCAGCGAAGACAAUCUUCACAGACAGUUAUCAAGCUUACAGGGAAUUUGCAUUUGGGCAUGACGACUUGUCGCCGCUGAGCCAGAGCUUCUCGGAUGGUCGGAAUGGCUGGGGUGCCAGUAUCGUCGAUGGAAUGAGUACCAUGAUAAUUAUGGGCCUCGAUGACUUCUUCAACGAGGCGAUCAAUUUCACGCAGAACAUCAAUUUCAACAGGUCGAACACGGCAGAUACUGUCAGCGUUUUUGAGAGUUCCAUUCGCUAUGUUGGAGGCCUCUUGAGCGCUUACGAGCUCAGUGGAAAAAAGCAUGCAUUCAUGGUAGAAAAGGCUAAGGAAUUGGCGAACAGGCUCUCCUUAGCUUGGUCACAAGGAAAUGUGAUCCCGUUCGGAUUCAUCGACUUCUCAAGCAGUUUGCCAACUAUUGACACUUCGAACAUCGCUGAGGCGGGCACGUUGACACUAGAAUGGUCUCGUCUCAGCUUGUAUACAGGAAAUGACACGUACCGGCAGCUGACAGAGAACUCCGUCAAGCGUAUUGCGGGCAAUGCUGCUCCUCUUCCUGGGCUUCCUGGGCAAGGUAUUGAUCCUUCAUCCGGAGAUCCAGUUGGUGCAUAUGUGACCUGGGGUGGAGGAUCAGACAGCUACUUCGAAUACUUGAUCAAAUAUGCACGGCUCAGCAAUACUGAUGACGACACAUUCGCCAAUACAUGGCGCACCGCUGUCGACUCAUCUAUCAAGACGUUGAUCAAGACCUCUACUGUGGGCGACCAUCUGUAUCUCGCUGACUUCGACGAUAGCGGAAUGAUUCGCCAUGUGGGAUCGCACUUGGCUUGUUUCUACGCUGGAAAUUGGCUCAUGGGUGGCAAGUUGACUAACAAUGAUACUAUCGUGAACAUCGCAUUGCAGUUGAACGAUGCCUGCUGGAACACAUACGCUGGCGAUGCGACGGGUAUUGGCCCUGAGACGUUCGCCUUCGAGUCCUCUGAUGGAAAUUUCACUGGCAGCGGAUCCCCGAGUGCAUCUCAGCAAGCAUUCUACAAUCAGCACGGAUACUACAUCACUGGGUCAGACUAUAUUCAGCGCCCCGAGGUGCUCGAGAGCAACUUCUACGCAUGGCGUGUGACUGGAGAUACCAAGUAUCUCGACCGUGCUGCCAGCGCGAUUACCAGUUUCGAGAGAUUCCUGAAGACCCCCACAGGGUAUGCUGGAAUCAACGACAUCAACAACAUCAACACAACCAAAAUUGAUGACACAGAAAGUUUCUGGUUUGCAGAGGUGCUGAAAUAUCUGUACUUGACAUUCGAUGAUCCGAACCAUAUCAGCCUCGAUGACUACGUCUUCAAUACGGAGGCUCAUCCUUUCAUCGCACCACCCGCUAAAUCGACGUACGGCACUGGAAUCGACGCCACAGUUUCCUUGAAGCCGUUCGCCGUGCUCUCAGGAGACCUACCGGCCAUAAGCCCAGACGCGCACUUGCCCAUACCCUUGAAGAGUCUCCUCGGCUUGUAGCCAGCGAUCGUUCUCUACAUGAACUCGUGUGUCGAUGUUCAGGCAGUAUAAUAUUAUCCAAAUUUUUCUCUCGUCUU